AUCUCAUCUCCAAUUUCCUACCUAUCACACAAUAGCCAUGUCUACCUCCAAGCCCGUGAUCCUCCUCAUCCCAGGAGGCUGGCACACCCCAACCUCAUACGACAAGCUCACAAACCUCCUCAAGUCAUCUGGCCACGAAGUCCACGUCCCCGCGCUACACUCAAUGAACGGUGCACGGCCUCCAACAGCCGAUCUAGAGACCGACACAGCUGUCUUCCGCGAAUACACUCAGAACCUCGCCGACGCCGGCAAGAAUAUCAUUGUGAUCACACAUUCCUACAGCGGCCAAGUAGCUACCAAUGGUCUUUCGGACCUGGCAAUCUCAAACCGCAGCAAGCAAGGUCUACCAGGCGGAGUAGUGCAUCUUGUCUCCCUGUCCGCCUUCACCAUUACCGAAGGACGAAGCAUGUUUGACAUCGUGGACCAGUUCGGUCACGCGUCGUUGAUGCCCAUGGCGUUUGAUUUCGCCGAGGAUGGGACGUGCGUGGACCGCGAUCCUAAGGGACUACUUGUUACGCCUGGUCCGGAGGAGGCUGAGUCCGAGGUGGAAUGGUAUCUGGGGACCCUCCAGCGGUGGAAUGGCAAGUGCAUGUACCAACCUAUUACUGCGAAGCGGGCUGCUUGGAGGGAUAUCCCUGUGACAUAUGUCUUGUCAACUAGGGAUAUGACGGUUCCUGUUGACUAUCAGAGGUGGAUGGUGGAAAUGAUGAGAAAGGAGGGGGCUGAGGUUGAGGAUUAUGAGUUGGACUCCGGCCAUUCGGUUGAUUUUAGUAGAGCGAAGGAGGUGUCUGAGAUUGUGAAUAACGUGGUGGCUCGCUAUGAAGGGAAGUGAUAUGACUGUAAUCAUAGAUAGCCAUGUGGUACAAUUGGCUUCAAAAAAUCAUAGAGCGGUCUUUGAUAAACGAG